AUGGAUUUCGCAGAGAAAACGCAACGGUGUCAUGAAUAUGUAGAAGCAUUAGAAGAAGAAAGACGCAAGAUUCAAGUAUUUGAACGCGAGCUCCCUUUGUGUCUAGAGCUUGUUACUCAAGCGAUUGAGGCAUGUAAGAGGGAGUUAUCAGGGACAACUACGGAGUAUAACAUGCAUGAACAAUCAGAAUGCUGUGAGCAGACAUCAAGUGAAGGGCCGGUUUUGGAGGAAUUUAUUCCUAUUAAGAGAACUCACUCUUCUUCUGAUGAUGAAAAUGAUAAUGAAAAUGAUGAUCAUCAAGAGCAACAAUCACAGAAUACUAAUAAUAGAAACAAGAGCAACAGCAGCAACAACAAUGACCACAAAAAGAAAUCUGAUUGGCUUAGAUCUGUCCAGUUGUGGAAUCAAUCCCCAGAUCCACCUCAAAAACAGGAUUUGCCAAGAAAGGCAGUGGUGACAGAAGUGAAAAGAGAUGGGACUGGAGGUGCAUUUCAGCCAUUUCACAGAGAGAGAAGUGUAGGGAAGAGUAGUAAUCAGGCAACUGCUAUGGCACCAACUUCAGUUCCGGCUUCUGCUACAAGUUCAACAGCGGGAGCUGUGACAGGAGGGACUGGUUGUGAAAACAAUAAAAACGAAGACAAAGAAGCGGGGAAUCAAAGAAAACUAAGAAGGUGUUGGUCACCUGAGUUGCAUAGAAGGUUCUUACAUGCACUGCAACAGCUUGGUGGUUCACACGGUGAGAAUGAUUAUUUUCGGAAGGGAGACUAUGCUGCAACACCAAAGCAAAUUAGGGAGCUAAUGAAGGUGGAUGGACUUACUAAUGAUGAAGUUAAGAGUCAUUUACAGAAAUACCGUUUGCAUACAAGAAGACCAAGCUCUACAAUCCACAAUAACAGCAAUCAACAGGCACCCCAAUUUGUAGUUGUUGGUGGCAUCUGGGUUCCACCCCCUGAGUAUGCAGCAGUGGCUGUCACAACAGCAUCCGGAGAAACUUCCACUAUUUCUCCGGCCAACGGAAUCCAUGCACCAAUAGCCGCACCACCACCAGCAGUCCCGAAUCCACAACAUACACAAUCUGAGCACUUGCAAUUAGAAGGUAGGGGCAGUCAUAGCGAAAGGGUUGCAGAGCGUACAUACGAAGAUAGACAUGAAUCCAAUGGACAUGGAGUUGAACUUGCGAAAUACAGACGGUACCGGGCUGAUUAG